AUGUCGUUCGUGCUCGUCGGCUUUAGCACCGGUCUCAUCCAGGCCUACGACCAAGCCAGCGCGCGGUACAUCGGGCUUUUCCAGGACCCGCAGCUGAACACGUCCAUUUCGGUGCUUUUCAUGCUUGCGCUGCCGACGCACGCUGCGGUGCGCGAAGGCGACAGUGCGUGGGGUGGGAAGCUCCGCUCCAAGACCCGCCUUGCCUCGCACCGCACCACUGGUACGCCGACUUGGGUCGCGUCUCAAGACCGUCGAAUUUGCGUAGACUCGCCCGCCGUGCUUCUUGCGGGCACGAGCGACGGAUGGUUGUAUGGCUGGCGAACUUCGGGACGCAGCGCCAAGUUCCAGGAGCUCCAAGCCACAUGGCGCUGGUCGGCGCACGUGCAUCAUAUUCAUACGCUCUUGAGCGUUCGCGUCGACAGCCGUCACUUUGGCGUCCUCUCGGUGGCGGGACCAGGUCUCUUUAAGAUCUGGGACUUGCAUGCGGCACCCCCGUCGAUCGUCAUGCAGCACGACGGCAGUUGCCCCACCAAAGCGCUCGUGACCUCGGCGUGCCUGUUGACGGAGCAUGCCAAGCUGCACUAUUUGAUCUGCGGCUACGAAGACGGAUCGGUGCAAGCAUUCGAGAUUGUCUCGCAGCUGCACGCUAUCGAGGCCACGUCGGCGACGACGUGGGACGUGCAGUGGCGCCUCUUUGCGUCCGUCCAGCCGCACGAGCGGCGCGUCGCGUGCAUCCGGCAGGUUCCGCACCCGGGCCACCUCCCGCCGCCGCUCAACAUUCUCCUCAACUGCGCAUUUGCCACGAGCUCGUAUGAUGGCCACGUCAUAGUGUGGGUCAUCGACUCGGACGCCCGAACGAUCGUCGAGCGCCGAUAUUUUGAGCUGUACGCACCAGUGCUCAGCGUCUUUGCCUAUGGCAACUUCUUGGUCGUGGGCCUCCCGACUGAAAUCUGCCGCGUCCAGUACGUUUGCAACUGCCCCGAUAGCGAGCGCAGAGAGGAGAUGCCGGACACGGCGCCGGUGCCUGUGGCGUCACCCGUCAUCGAAGUCGCGCCGUCGUUGUUUAACAGCCACACGGUCAUUGUCGUGCCGACCAUGGCUCGCUUGCCGCAAGAUACACCGCCAGGGCUGACGCCGGAUGCGAACGUCGUCAACAUUGAUGCUUUGUCGGCACCGCCCAUCGAGGCGGCACUCAAGGACAGCCUCUCCAUGUCCGAGCCCCCGAGCCACUCGCCGCUUACGAAAAUUGGCAGUGCGACACAGGCCAUCUACGACUACGCAAAGUCGCUGUACCGAAACGUGGGCGACGACCCGUCCAAGAUUCACUUGGCUGCUGGCGACCUUCGGCGCGUCUACCGCGUGUGGCAAGGGCUCUCGCCGACGCCACUGCGCCGUAUCUCGGGAAAGGAGGUCUCCGAAUACCUUCGCCGCCGUCUGUGGCAGCUCGAGACGCCGGUCUUCUGGCAAGACAUUCUCGAUGCGCUCUAUGCAUUCGCAGCCGAGCCAAGCACGGUGCAGGAUCGUACCCCGGGGCCCGAAACCCCGUCAAGCGCCAAGAAAGCGCUUGUAUCAUACAACAUUCUCGGCGAGAAGCAUGUGACAUACGUGCCGCUAUCGACCACGCCACUGUUAUCCUCGCCGGCAAUAUCGCGCACCCCGGCCAUGCCCCGGGUCAACUCUCGACCGGUGCCGCUGGCCGCGAAAGAGCUACGGACACCCAUCGUUCUACCAAACGAGCUAGCAGCGUAUUGGCACUCGGACGUUUGCUGGUGCAACCGCGUGCUCUCGUGGCCGUCGACACCCGCCGGUCCCGAGACGGACGCCGGCAUCGAGGGCAAGUGCUCGAGUUGUCGCCACCGCCGCAUUUCGCUUUCGUCGCCCGGCGACAGUUUUACGGAGCGGGCAGUGAUUGCGAUCAUCUAUCACAUCUACCACAGCAUGCACAUGGAGCGACAACACGCAGCGAAUACGUCGCUUUUGCACGUCACCUUUCGUGGUUCCAGCAGCGGUACCCUCUGUCUCCCAAAUGAAUCGUCUUAUGAGUUCUGGUUUAGCUAUGGCAUGCCGUCGGUGGUCGAGCACAAGCUCUGCUGGUUCUUGCUCUCCGUUGCCCAGUUUGAGUCGACGCUCGCAAUGGCGGCGACAUUCGGCGCGUUCCUCAACUUGCACGAUACGUUACCAGUCGUGCCGUUCCACAUCCAGCACCUGUACCUCGAUGGCUUUGACUGGCUGCAUGCCCGGCGCUUGGUGCAGCACAGCGAUCUGCUGCCGGGCGCCGACACGGUCCAGCCCCUCGAGCUUGUUUACGGCGGCCAGCACGCGCACUGGGAGCGCGUCUCGAUCGCAAACUGCCAAGCGUGCACGCAGGCACUGCUCAUUUACCCCAAAGUGCCGCCGCAGUGGGUGACGCACACGAUAACGAGCGUGGCGGAAAUCGCGCAGGACGGAACGAUCGAGAUCCACACGUUCUUGUCGCUCUGGGUCCGCGAGUGGCGCUCGAGUUGCAUCGCGUACGAGGCCGCCGAAUUUUACCUCUUUGACCCGACGUCCCACCCGUCGAUUCGGGAAAUGGACGUCGAUUUUCGAAAACUGCGCGUGUUGCUCGACUGCUUCGUCUACUGCGACCGCACCCGCGACGGAUGUGUCGAGAGCGACAAGUUCAUUGCCAUCAUGACGGGGCUGCUCAAUUUGUGGCCACCCUGCGAUGUCAACGUCCUCGACGAGCUCGACCGACUCGUGGACCGGUACCAUGAUCACGACGGCGACGGCCAUGUGUGCUACUUGGAUCUCUUCGCGCUGCUCUACAUCGUGGCCAUCAAGACGCGAUUGUACUUGUCGUUUCCGGAUAUUUUAGAGUUUAGCAGUGGCUACAAGCUUGAGAUGGACGCUGCGUUUGAGAGCCACGCGGUCGCGUAUGCCCAGCACAAGCUCUUUGACGGACCGCCAAUCGGGUUGCAAGCAAAGCCAUCCAGUGACGCACCGACGUCGCGCCGCCGGCUCCAUGAGCUUUCGACCGACACGUUUGACUGGGCGCACACCGUGCUGCCCGACCGCAGCGCCGACGUGCAGCUCGGCGAGCUCGACAUGAUCGUCCACACCCCCGCGAGUCGCGCCAAAGUGUCAACAGCGCAGAUGCAUGCACACGUCCCGACGGCCCGCCACGCACCCCACGCGGUACUGCCAGCGCCGCCGUACGUUCCUGCUUCUGCGAAGACGGACAAGAGAAGCAUGGCCUCGGCACUCGCCAUGCGGGAGCUUGUGGAUCGCACGGGGUCACCGUCGGACGUAGUGCAUCCGGUGCCGGUGCCGGCGCCGUCGACGCGCCAGUGCCGAGUGAAGGACGUGGGAACGCCUCCACCGUCGUCGAGUACAGUGUACAUCCAGUUUCCCGACACGGCGCCGUACCGCGUCCGGUCGGCGAUCGGCUUGGAGCUGCCAUCGACGCCCGAGGAGGUGCCAUCCGUCGACUACGACGAGCCUCAAGUUGUCUGGCGAGCCGUCGCAACGCCGAUGUCGAGCACGGUAUCGGCGGCCGAGACGCCGGUUCUUGCGGCCGAAAGUGUCGCGGCUGACAUCGACGACGGCGCGUCCGUGGCUUCUUCGCGCUCGGAGAACGCAGCAGUAGAGACGUUCGUGACUCAGGAAGCGCUUGCGACGCUCAUAGCCUCGAAAGAUGCUGACGAAGAGCCUUUGGUCGAACUUGAGUCGGUCGUCCCACAUCAAGAAGUCGUCAUACCGACACAAACGGUCGAAGAUGCGGUCGAUGGCGCGACGGAGGAUGCUCCCAAGACUGUUCCAGAGAUGGAGCCAGAUACAACACCAGUGUGUGAACCAGAAGCCAAUGUGGUACCCGAGCGUCCAGUGACGCCUGCUGCCGACGAUGAGCACGCUAGUGACCCUUUGCCGAUUGAUACCAACGCGCCCAGCGAUGACAUUGACGAGGACGACAACAGCACGUCUACGGAGAGCAACGACAGCGAAAGUGAGGCCGAAUCUUUCGAGGGUCGCGAAACGCUGGAUCCACCAGCACCCACAGAAUCGGAAGACGAUGCUCUUCGUCGCAUGCAGGAGGAGCUCCUCGCGAUUGAAGGACUCCUUCCAAACGAACCGAUUGUUACGCCCAAAAAGCGCUUUCCCAUGGUCAUUACCCGUGUCCCCGCCUUUUCGUCGACCGAAAUUUUGCCCCUGGGCGAGCACGACAUUGCGUAUCCCGGAGACGCGCCACCGUUCGUUCGGGCGCCAGAGUUGACAGCGCUUACAAUGCUCCAAGACAUCGAGUGGGAGGUCACCGACGUGGACAAGACAGAGACACGCGACAGCUUCAAGCCCUACGAUGUGCUUCCGCGCCUCUUGGCUUUUGACGCCAUGUAUCCGUGGGUGCCGGUGGCGAUUGAUUUUACGCCACUCCCGUCGCCAGACGUCUCGGACGACGGCGGCAGCUCCAGCGACGAUGAUAUGGAAAACGACGAUGACGAGUCAAGUGACGAAGACGACGACGACGACAACGAAGCAGUGGACAACAGUCCUCUCGCGUCGGAACGUCGUGGCAACAAUGACGAGGUCGACGUGGCUCGCGCCAAAACGCCUGCCGCAAUGACUGAGUCGCCGACGGAAAACCUGAGCGACCUCUUGGACGCCGAGGAGGCACGGCGCCGGCGUCGCAAACUCAAAAACCCGAUUUCCGCUGGCGAAGGAUCGCCCGUCAUCGCCACAACCGCGCAUGUUCCGACGCCCCGGCGUACGUUUCUGUUCAGCCACCCCGUUGAGCUCAAGGCCAAGGUUUUGUACAAGAAACGAACGUCCGUGUCGUGGACCCCGGAAGACGCGUCCGACGACGACGACGACGACGCGGAUGGACAGCGCUCCAUGCACAGUGAGUUCGACCGCUCGAUGUUGUACGGUGACCGCAACGUCUCGGGGGACAUUUGUCUCUCUGCGCGCCUCGAGUCCAACCUCCACCACCGGUGGUCCGCGGUGUUCGAGACAGAAGAGCGUGGGAUCCACCAUACGCUGGUGGCCAUGGUGCCGCCGUCGCCGCUUGAGGUCGUCUCGACGCUGCACAACAGCGAUGUGACGUACGCGCCGCCCGAGGACCGGAAAGCCUCGGCGCGCAUUCGGCGUCUCACCAAGCGGCGACUGUCCACGUUCCGCUCCGAGCGCCUUCUGCGUGAGAAAGAUUGUGCAGACAUUGCCUUGACACUCGGCGAGGUGUAUCACGGGAGCGUGGCGCCAGGCAGCACGCUGUACUUUAGCUAUGAGAACACGGACCCGACGUCCAUUGUGACCUUCAAGCUACACUGCACGAGCGGCGACGCCGAGUUGUAUGCGUCGACGACGACACCCGCGCCGUGCAGCAGCGACUACGACUGGCGCGCCAAAGACGUCCACGCGUCAGACGCGAGUGGCACCCAUCGCACGAUCGUCGUAUACCCGCACGACAAGCUCGUCAAGCGCAGUGUGUUUCACUUGGGUCUCGUGGGCGUCGCCGGCAACCCUUGUUACGUGCACCUCUCCGCCGUGUCGUCGGGGCAGUCGAUGGAUGUGACCGCGUCCAUGGAGCACGUCGGCAACCUCAUUGCGACCUUCAACUCGCUCGCCAACCUUGUCAACCGGGAUCUGGACAACCAUCAGUCGUCCGGCGACGAUCUCGCGUACACGGGGCUGCGCGCGCACUACGAAGCGAUCCAGCGCCGGUCGACGCACGGCAAGCCAAGCGUCGAGCGCAUAGCCCAAGCGUUCGUCGGCGAACGCGCUGUGAGCUCCGACAGCGCGCCCGCGGCGGUGACCGAGGCGGAGAAUGACGCUCGCGGCUUUCAAGUCCUCUUGGAGCGUCUCGUCGACUUUGACAAAGAUGCCUCCGACGACGACGACGACGGCAACCACGCGCAUCACGAUGGCAGUGCGUGCGGGGACGACGACGUGCUGCACGACGACGGUGGCCCCUCGAUUCGAGAAAGCCGGCGAGAGUCGUCGGUGGCGCUGCUCACCCCGCAGCAAGAGAGCGCGACCGAUCGCGCUUCGCUGCGACCUGCCAUUCAGAAAAUGGUCGCGGACCGUCUUGGUGACGUCGUUGCUCGCCGCGCACACCCGGCUGUCAUGCGGGACCCCGCGACGCCAGGACCGAUCGCGUACAGUCUCAAGCCAUCGAAAGCCAAGCACCGAGCUAUCGACACACUACUUGGUGACUAG